AUGCGAUUUCGGGGUAUUUUCGCACUCUACUGCAUCACGCACGCAGCAACAUCUCAGGCCUGUAGAACCGACGAGGAUUGCAGUCUCAACGGUCUUUGCCGAACCGAUCGAUCAUGGCUAGGGCCACCCCACCCCAAGAAAACGUGCGAAUGCGAUCCGGGCUGGUUCGGCGACGACUGCGGACGCCUUGAUCUUCGUCCAGCAACCAAGAACAACGGCUACAACCACUCCAUCGAUGCAACCGACUCCAACCGUCUCGGCCCACAUGGCAACUCCUCCUGGGGCGGAACAAUCCUGCAAGAUCCACAUGACCCAAGGCUUUUCCACCUCGUCGCUUCCCAAUUCGCAGACGGAUGCGGGUUGAGCGGAUGGAGACCGUUCUCAUUUAUCAUGCGCGCAGAAUCAAGAAGCGGACCACAGGGGCCCUACCAUUACGUCGACAACAUCAGCAAGCCCUUUCGACAUAACCCCGAAGUGAUCUGGAGUCCCGCAGAUGAGAAAUACUUGCUGUACACCAUUGGUGUGGACGACAAUGAGGAACCAGAGCGUGAUAAAUGCUCUAGCCUCUCGAACAAGCAAUGGCCAAAUAACAUCUCUGUCUCGACGGCGCAGGAUAUCCGGGGCCCGUGGUCGCCCUUUGAAUUGGUUCUGGCUUCGGUAGAACCGCAUUCGACAAAUCCUUCUCCCUAUCCGCUGUGGACGUCGGAAAACCGCACAGGCGAGAUUGUGCUGGCUGUGGAGGACCUCGCCAUCUUUUCUGCAGACAGAUACAACGGUGAGUAUGAGGUCGUGCAUACGCAAAGCUGGAACACGAGUGAAUGGAGUCCGACCUGGACCGAGGAUAGUUUCUUGUGGCGCGACAAGCGAGGCAAUUGGCAUGCAAUUGCACAUUGGAUGAUUGAUCUCGUUGAGCAUGAUGGCCAGAAGUGGCCGAGGGUUGGGGCACAUGUCUUUGCGAGAAAAUUGGCAGGACCGUGGCUCUGGCAUUUCCACGAGGCGUUUAACUCCACGAUCACAUACACUGAUGGGACAACUCAGACAUUAAAGAGGAGAGAAAGAGCGAAAAUCUUCUUUACCGAUGAUGGUGAGAUGACACCCUUGUACUUGGUCAAUGGGGUGCAGGAGAUGGGCGAGAAUUCGAGGAGCUCUACGCUUAUCCAGCCAAUUGGGGAGAAGUGGAGGGAAUUUGAGAGACAGUUGGGGUUUUAA